AUGGCUCAAGGAAAAGCUGAUAACACCAUCUCGAAUGUACUCGAGAAUACUCCCCUAGAUGAUAGCUUCUACGACCUCGACCGUCAGGAACUCGCGUUCUUCCAGUCGCAGACAGGUAUCCAGGAUGAGGCUGCGCUGAAAGCACACAUCUCGAAGAUCCAAGCUGAUGCAUAUGAUGUGUGGCCUCUUCCACGGAGUAACAAUCUGUGCUCAUUAUUGCCGUGGCAGGUCCAUCCUUACCCUUGUAUCCGACGCUUCGCGUUCACCAAGCUCAAGAUGUCGCGUCUGCCUGCUUAUGGCCAGCUCUUGAAGCUCGGUAAGGAGCGAAAGGGUGCAAUAUUCCUCGAUAUAGGCUGCUGCUUCGGAAAUGACGUUAGGAAAGCCAUCGUCGACGGCUACCCGAUCGAGAAUGCCAUCGCGUCCGACCUCGAAGCUGAUUUCUGGCGACUGGGUCACCAGCUCUUCACUUCCACUGCAGAAACUUUUCCGGUGCCGUUCCUUCCAGGAGAUGCAUUCAAUGCCGAUUUCUUGAAACCAGUGCCGCCGUUCUACGCACCUCCCGAGACCCCGAGACCUGACUUGCGUUCGCUCACGACACUGACGCCCCUCCUUGGACACGUAUCUGCAAUCCAUGCAUCAUCGUUCUUCCACCUGUUUGACGAGGAACAGCAGCUACAGCUUGCGCGAUCGGUGGCCGGGCUGCUCUCACCCGAGCCGGGAUCCGUGAUCUUUGGCGCGCAAGGCGGUUGUGCUGAGAAGGGCCCCAGAGUGGAGGUCCCCGGCGUGAAACCCAUCCGCAGCCACAUGUUUCGUCAUUCCCCGGAAAGUUGGACCGAAUUGUGGGAUGGGACGGUGUUCGAAAAGGGAAAGGUGAAGGUGGAAGCCAGCCUGUAUCAGAUGGAUAGCGCUCUCUUGAAGAGAGAGGGUAGUACGCUCACGGGAAUGGUGUGGUCGGUGACGCGUUUGUGA